AAAGUAUUUGGCAUGUACAUUAUAUCAUAAUACCUAAAACAUAUCAAGGACUUAGUGCGAAACUGUUGUAAGCCUGUCUAUAUUUAUACUGAGUUACAACCAUCUUACAAUAAACCGGGGAAUUUUGUAUUUAUUUGACGAAGGGUUUAAACUUCCUGGUUGAAAAUUGAAGAAAUAAAGACUUACGGGAUAUAAAUUAUUCAGAUCUCCGUGGGCGAUGAGAUCACCACAUGCUGAUAAAUAUUUAAAAAUCUUAAUAUUUUUUAAACAUAACAGAGGAAACUUAAAAAAGUGGACACACCAUCUACAUUCAUCACAAUGGCUUCGAGACAUAGGACUUCAUGGACAGAUUCUGUGUUAAUUGCCUCUGAUGAGAUACAUGAUUUUUCCUGUUCCGUGUGUAAAGAUGACAAUCUCAACAUAGAGGCCAACCAUUCUUGUGGGGACUGCGCAAAAUAUUACUGUGACAAGUGUCUGAUAUUUCAUGCCAAAAUACACAAGCGCCAUGUUGUGUUGGGUCGUAACGAUGUGGACAAGUGGGUGGGGCAAGGUGAUGCACUUGUAACGUGCGACCUUCACCCUCCGAAGAUCUUGGAACUACUGUGUGAAGAUCAUGCUGAGCUCUGUUGUCACCUCUGUGUGUCACUGAAUCACAGGAUGUGCAGAAGCAUCAGCUUGAUAUCAGACCUGGCCAAGGGCAUACAUAGUAUGGAUGACUUCAAGCAGCUUCCAGCCAAUGUUACCAAGGUAACAGCCAGCCUUAAUCAGGUGAGCGAGGCCAGAAAGAAGAACCAGAAUUCCAUGAAUAGCUCAGGAAAGUCCAUGCUGACAAAGAUCAAGACCCUGAGGUCUUCACUGAACGAGGUCUUAGAUGAGCUGGAGAAAAGGACAGAGGUACAGAUGAACAGUGUCCUGGCUGACCUGGAUGGAUCACUACAGAAGGAUAUUGACCACUGUGACUUCCUCCAUGACCAACUCAAUGCCUUACUGGACUCUGUCCAACUCCAGACCAAAGAAUCCAACUCAUUCAUUGGCUUCAGGAAAUGUAAGGACAAAAUGGCAGAGGCCAAUAGUAUUCUCCGCGAGAUGGACAACAAACAAGAGGCAACUAUCACUUUCCAGCCUGACACACGCGUUCAACAAUUGCUAUCUGACUUGAAAGCACUAGGAACAAUCCAGGGGUGUCCUGAUCCACAGUUAAUGCAAUCAUAUGGACAAAUCAAUCAAUCCUCUAAUAAAUGCAAGGUUGUCAAGGUAAAAAAAAAGAAAACAUAUGUAGUGAAUAUAAAUAAAGACAAACAGGAUUGUGAAAUUCGUGGUAUUACAGAACUUACAGGAGGAGAGAUUGUGCUGGUAGACACUUCCAAUUGCAUAGGAAAGGUGUUAGACAGUGAAUACAAGGUGACAUCCUACUGUAAUUUCCCUGAAUAUCCAUUGGACAUCUGCCACAUCUCAGACCAUCAAGUUGCUGUAACUGUUAACGAAAAAACUGUCAGGCAUGAGGUCAACUUUCUCACGGUGUCAGCAGACACCAUCAAGAUGACCAGGAAGUUCUCAGUUGACCAUGAAUGUUACUCCAUCAAGCACCAUGAGGGCCAGCUGUAUGUGGGCUCCCUCACUACACUGUACCUGUAUACAAUGGCAGGGAGGCUGGUACAGAAGGUAUAUGAAGACACAUCUCGCGGAGUUACAGUGAACCGCUUUGACUUGAGCACAGACGGCAUGAAGUUAUACAUACCAGCCUCCAGCCACAAUAAAAUGAUUGUUAUUGACAAAUCAGGCAACAUUCUGUCCACUCUGCAUGACCCUGACUUUCAAUGGCCUUUCAGAAUACAUGUGAGUGAGGGUGGACAUGUGUUUGCGUGUUUGAAUAGAUCCAAUACAGUGGUGCAGGUUGACCAGGAAGGCAGGAAGAUGCUGGCCACACUGGUCAUGGCGGGAGAUGGCAUCAACCAACCAUCUGCAGUCUGGUACAGCACCCACACUAGUAGGCUCAUCGUAGCGGGAGGACAAAAUGACAUUCUGGUGAUGGAACUACAGUAAUAAUUCGUGGUUAAAAAAGGAUAAAGAGUGAAUAAAGUUGAACAUGAACAAGUUGUGAAAAGUGUAUAUAAAUGAAGUAAUUCAAUACCAAUACAUAUAUGUACAAAUCAUCACUAUCAUGUGCCUACAUACAAAUACAAAAUAGUUAUGUAUAAAACUUAGUCUCAUCAAUAGUAUUUUAUGCCAAGUACAAACAAACAAUCAUAACCAUGCUUUCUUUAUAGAAAAUGUACAAAAAACAUUUGUUUUAAUCACAAUACUAAUAAUCAGUGUUAACAAGAGCUAUCAAUGACACAGCACGAUCGACUAUUCAGACCUUUUUAAGUUAAAGGAUUACACAGUUUUGGUGACGCAUGAAUGGAUCAAUAAGAUUACAUGCAAGACCUUAACCAGAGUUUUUAGUCAAAUGAUAAAAGGCCAUUAAUUGCAUUAUGUAUGUGUAUGCAAAAUAGAGUGACCAGCAUCUAACCUACUUUUUUAAGUAUGUUCAAGUACCAUUGACGAAAGUCUCAAUGUAUUAAAAGCUGAACUCUCAUUGAUUCAUACUGGUAUUUAUUUUCAUAUUUAUUAUGUUUAUAUAUAUAUAUUCUUAUAUCAUCAACAAAAUAACAAGAUUCAAUACCUUUAACCUCAUCGACCUUGGGAAAUGCACGGCCGACAGCAUUUACUGCUUGGGUUAUCUUUAUCCAUGCAUUGUCCUGCUGUGAUUUUGUGUUCCCCCCGACUUUGUUUGCAUUUUUUUCCCUAAUAUGUCGCCACAGCCACUUCCCUUAUGGCUGCCUUUUGUGAAUCGGAAAAGUUAAUCGAUUUUUUUUCGAAUAGCUGUCGCAUCACCUGUCAAGUCAGCCAUGUUGUUGUUGUUUCAGACGACAAAGUGUUUACAAAUAAGGCAAAACGCGCACUGACCGGAACCAUGCUAUCGAUGCAUUGUGGGAUGCAUUGGGGAUCGUUUUGGUUAUGUUAACUAUAACCUAUUUGGAUAUCUCGAUAACCGAGUUGGUUAACUUAGCCGCCGCAUAUUUUUGAAAGACCUGCUUCAAUGUAUCGGUUGCUUGUACCACAUACAAAUUAGUUGUACAUCAAUAAACGUUCACAUUUUC